AAAAAUAAAGUAAAAAUAAGAAAAACGAGGCCCACUUUGAGAAAUUUCACAAUUUCCUUAAAAGGGUACUAUAAAUCCAUUUUGUACUUCGCCAAUCAACUUAAAACAAGAAGAAAAAAUGUUUAAAAAUAUAUUUACAGACUACCCUUCCUGACCCUACAGAAGAAACCCAUUAAAGAUUCCUAGUAGCUUUCCAACGACCUCUUUCUCUGGUUUCCACUCUCUCUCUCUCCAACGAUCUUUCUCACUGGUUUCCAUUGCUUCUUCUUUGUCUAUAUCACCAAUCUCUCUGCAGAUUUUCUUUUAUCUUUUAUCUUUCCCUUGUUUUAGAGGAGAAUAUAGAAUGGCGGGUAUUUUGACUGCUGAACAAGUUUCUGAAUUUCAAGAAGCGUUUGGCAUGUUUGAUAAGGAUGGAGAUGGCUGCAUCACCAUCAAUGAACUGGCCACCAUAAUUCGUUCCUUAGGUCAGAAUCCAACCGCUGAAGAACUACAAGACAUGAUAAGUGAAGUGGACAUGGAUGGAAAUGGAACCGUUGAAUUUGAGGAGUUCUUGAAUCUCAUGGCCAGAAAAUUGAAGGAGACUGAUGCAGAGGAGGAACUUAGAGAAGCUUUUAAAGUAUUUGACAAAGAUCAAAACGGUUACAUCUCUGCUAAUGAGCUUAGGCUUGUGAUGAUUAAUCUUGGGGAGACAUUGACGGAUGACGAGGUGGACCAGAUGAUUAGGGAGGCUGACGUGGACGGUGAUGGCCAAGUCAAUUAUGAUGAAUUUGUAAGGAUAAUGUUAGCUGUUUGAUAGAAUUUCCCUAAACAUGGACAGGAGUUUGUGACCAUAACAAUGGCCAUUUGAUUGAAUUUUCUAUGGACAUCGUGGAAAUACAAGUUUCAGUUUGUAUGUAA